AUGGGUCCGUUCUUUUCACCCUUUGAUAACCUGCUAUGCAUGCUCCUGGGCAUUUCCUUCACCGUCUGGUUCACUCUUCUUCUCGUCUUCAUCAUCGUACCGGCCGUUUUCGGCGUGUCCUUCGGUAUCCGGACGCUUUAUAUGAAAACCCUGCUCAAAGUCUUUGAGUGGGCCACACUGAGGAUUGAGAGAGGAGCUAAAGAGAAGAACCAUCAUCUGUAUAAACCUUACACCAAUGGUAUCAUAGCCAAGGAGCCCACCUCUCUUGAGGAGGAGAUUAAAGAGAUUCGGCGCAGCGGGAGCAACCGGGACCUGGACAGCUCCUCCGCCGGCUCCUCGGAGUUUGAGAUGUCGGACAUCUUCUACUUCUGCCGGCGAGGCGUGGAGAGCAUCGUGGACGACGAGGUCACCAAACGCUUCACAGCAGAAGAGCUGGAGUCCUGGAACCUGCUGACACGCAGCAACUACAACUUCCAACAUAUCAGCACCAGACUGACCGUACUGUGGGGGGUCGGAGUGGUCAUCCGAUACUGUUUCCUGCUCCCGCUCAGGGUAACGCUGGCCUUCACUGGUGUGGGUUUGCUGGUGUUCUUCACCACUGUGAUUGGCUUCCUACCCAAUGGGAGGAUGAAGAACUUCCUCAGUGAGAAAGUGCAUCUGAUGUGUUAUCGCAUCUGUGAACGAGCAUUGACUGCCAUCAUCACCUACCAUCACAGUGAGAAUAAACCUAAGAAUGGUGGAAUCUGUGUGGCCAAUCAUACGUCGCCUAUCGAUGUCAUCAUCCUGGCCAGUGAUGGCUGCUAUGCAAUGGUUGGUCAGAUUCAUGGAGGGUUAAUGGGAGUGAUUCAGAGGUCUAUGGUGAAAGCCUGCCCACAUAUUUGGUUUGAACGCUCAGAAGUCAAAGACCGCCACCUGGUGGCCAAAAGGUUGAAUGAUCACGUUCAAGACAAAAGUAAACUGCCCAUUCUCAUCUUUCCUGAAGGAACUUGCAUCAACAACACAUCAGUGAUGAUGUUUAAAAAGGGCAGUUUUGAGAUCGGAGCCACUGUUUACCCUGUAGCCAUCAAGUACGACCCUCGUUUCGGAGAUGCUUUCUGGAACAGCAGUAAGUUUGGCAUGGUGAACUACCUGCUGAGGAUGAUGAGCAGCUGGGCCAUUGUCUGCAGCGUCUGGUACCUGCCGCCCAUGAACCGACUGGAAGGGGAGGACGCGGUGCAGUUUGCUAACCGAGUUAAGGCAGCCAUUGCUAGGCAGGGAGGACUGGUGGACUUGUUAUGGGACGGCGGGCUGAAGCGAGGAAAAGUCAAAGACACGUUUAAGGAGGAGCAGCAGAAACUCUACAGCAAAAUACUGGUCGGAACACAAGAGGACCGCAGCCGUUCCUGA